AUGUCUGAUCAUGAGGUUCCAUUUGUCGGGUUCGCGGACUUGAGGGAAAAGGUUCUCGGCGAGGGAAAUGGUGGAAGGUCCCACUUCCCGACUUUCAAAAUCGAGUCGGUCUCCCUGUCGACUGCAACCAACAACAAAAUAAAUGAUAAUACGGCCGUGUGGGAGUUAGGAUUUUCGGUCGGGAAGCUCCGCGGCACCCAAAUUAAGGAUUUCAACGUGUGGCCCGAGUGCAAGCCUUCGCCCGAGUGGUCGGAGAAAGUCGUGGGGCCCAACUUUUACAUGGAAGACAAAGACUCAGGCCUCGGGAACGUGACAUGGGCACAGUUUGGGCGACUGAACAAGCCGAUCGAGUCGAAGGUGCUAGAUUGUGGGGUGACUAUUCGGAUUACACAUUCAUGGCCGUGUGCGAGAACAUGA